UAUCCCUGUUUCUAUUAAAGGGAAAAUCGAUUGUUUACAAACAAGGGUUUCCUCCCACAGGUAGAUGCUAAAGGAAAUGGAUUUGAAUAACAAGGACGGAGAAACUGGGCCUCCGGGGCCCAACAAUCGACCACAGGAGCCUUUAGCCAGAGGAAUUGUUGAUGACGAUGAUGGACUCAGCGAUUUUGGAUCCCCAAAACGAGGCCCAACUUUGUCCACAAGCACAAGUAGUUUUGAAGCACUGGACCCUCAUGAUCCAAAUCUAAGUCACCUGGCAACUCUAAUGUUUUCACACACAUCAAAUUACUUACAGGGAGAGUUGUCUGCAGUCCUUGAAGAUUAUGCAUUACUGGAGCAGAUGAACAAGGCAACCAUCACCAAAUAUGCUGAUAUGCGACAAAUAGGAGGAAGUGUCAGUCGAGCAUUGAAAGACCUCAAUGAAAAGUAUUUAGCACUACAGCCAUAUCUAGACCAGAUUGAUCAGAUUGAAGAUAGUGUAACUAAGCUCGAAGCUGCUGCUUACAAACUUGAUGCGUAUUCCAAGAGACUAGAAGCAAAAUUCAAAAGCUUAGAGAAAAAAUAAGGUGUUUUUUAAAAAUGAUCCCUGGAUAUAAUUACUUAAUUUGUUUUGGUGACUGUGCUUCAUUAGACCCAGUACUGAAGUUUGUGUACUGUACUGUGUAUUGCUUCAUAUGUUUGUAAUUUUUCUUAACCAUUUGACUACAAGGCUAAUAAAAACAGAACCCCAGCAUUUAUGAAGAAUCCUAAGAAAUUCACUGGGUCUCACUAUGGGAAAAGACAGAAUUUGCGUUCGACCAACAAUACCCACAAGCCAGCACUCCAGCUAAGGGUGGGAUGUCAUUCAGAACCAAUUUUGCACCCAGCACAAUUCCUUUAUCAGGCAUUGAAAAAGACCAGCUGCCAAUAAUGAUGUAAAGUGUAUCAUCACACAACAGUGACAUAGAAGUAUGUACAUACACAUGUUACUAGAGUGACGUAGAAGUAACAUUGUACUUAUGAGAUUAAUACUGAAAAAUAAUUCUAUUACCUCUGUAAUUCAGGACUAAGAACAGCAGUGGAGAAUUGAGGGCAGUGACAAUGAUGAGAGAGAAUGGAAAUACUAGAAUAUUUGUCAUAUCCACAACGAAAUUUCUUGGUUAUUUCAAAAUUUCAUGGAAAAAGUAAUUGUGAUAUGUUUGUGUAAAGAUGCUAGUCUGAAACAUCAAAAGAGAAGACACCUGCUAGAGAAAUUAUUAAAUAUGUUUGGUCAGUAAUUUUUUUUAUUCAGCAAGAACAGUAUUAUUCUUAAUAGCUAAAUUAUAUUACUCAAUAAGCCUUGAAUAUGUGCAUUUUUUGUUUUAAACUGGCUGUUAUAUCUUUCCAUCUCUCUUUUUGUGCUUUAGAAGAACAUUAAAUGUGUAUUUGUUCUUUAAAAACCUACAUAUAUCCUGUGAAAUAAUAUUCAAUAAUGUGUAAACAUUAUGUUAUUGUAUUUCAUUAUAUAAUUGAUAUGUAAUAUAGACAAUAGAUAUUUAUAUCAUAUGAAAAAUACAUUGUGAUAUUUGUAAGUAAUAAACUCUAAAAG